AAGAGUUAAAACCUUUUCUUUUCUUUUUUAUUUAUAAAAUACAAAAUAGUUUACACAUAUUUUGCUUUGUUUAUAAUAAAGCAUAUACACAUUUGUGUUGGUCAAAGGCGAACAGUUUGUGAAGAGAGUACACACUCACGCUCAAAAAACGUUUUUGACCCCGCGAAAAAUGAAGAAAAAAAAUCCAAAGAAAGACAUUGUUCUCUCCUAAUAUUAUUAAAUCGAAUCCAACAUUCAAAACACAAAUUCAUCAGAAAACACUUUUGGUUCACAUUAAAGAAAGCGAUCCCUACAAAUACGGAUGCAUCAUGUACAUGCAAUUAGCAAAUUAUGGAGAAAUCCAGUUUUCAUUGGUAGUUGGCAUGAGUCUGUCAACCUUCAAAGGUACAAAUGGUUUUGCCUAUGACUGUACCAGGGUUUACAAAAUAUACUGGACACCAAGUGUUGUGUUAAAUGAAUUACAAGGUUUAGUUUUAAAAAGAGAGAUAUUGAAUACAGUACAUAUAUUGAUCAAUGUGAACAAUGCUGAUGAUAAUAGAGUAGGUGUCGUAUGGCAAAAUACUCACUUCUAUAUUUGUCGAAUUCGUGUCGCUCAAUUCAGAGUUUUGUAUUUCAGCAGAUUUGCUUUCUAUUUUGAAAUUGCCACAGAAUUCUAUUGA